UUACUGCUGCCAUGGGGAGGGUGUUGCCCAUUGUGCCUGAAUGGGGAAGGAGGAUGGGUUAGUAGGCUAGGGGGUGGUAGAGGUUGUCGGGGAGGGCCAGCAUACUGGCAAGAUCGCCUGUGUCUUUCUCCUUCUCCGUUUCCUGGAAUGGGACGACUGCCCGAAGGGGUGAGUAAGUGGGAACUUGGAAUCGAGCGAUGAGGAGAACCUACUGAGAUCCGCCCUUCGCAUAUCCCGUUUGUGCGCCAUGAUGGGCAGAGAGUCUUGCGGUCUUCACACGAAUGAACGGCCAAUGCCAAGUGCCGGGGUCGAUGGACGGUGGUCGAGGUUGCUGCUCCUCAAUUGACUUUCCGGUGCUGGCCAGAGACGGUCCGACUCGGGAUGAAGUCGAGACUGCAAGACCGCCAGCGGGCUCGGAAGUGCGGCACGUGGGCCGUCCCUUCCACCUUAAGCACCCGUGCCUGCCGCCUGAAACCUUAGCCGAUUCGGCCGGGGAAGGCGUAAUGCAAUUGAUUUGUCGACGAGAUGGAAUGUGUGCACCCGUUGCAGAGUUUCCGCACUGCACGCCACUCCAAUCAAAGCAAACGUCGCACAAGCUCGCGACGCACGACGGAUCGUUCACGCGGAGCAGGGGUGCAAAGAAGGAGCGUGGAAGCGGAAACGCCUGCAACGUUCCGGCCUUGCUGACGGGAUUUCGGAGACGGUACCUUGCUUGGUACCUCCACCGGCAUCGCCUAUCGCCAAAUCUAGCCACGACAGGCCCGCAUGGCGUUGCAUCACUUGCACCUCCACUUGCCUAAUCUCCUCCCGCUGCCACCUCCUCCUCCACCCACUGCUGCGGGUGGUUUGCGCCCUUCUCUGCUCACUACGCCUCUUGGAAACUGCUUGCUUGCUUGACCCGCCCGUCACUCGAUU